CAGACGCGUGCGCUUCCUCGCUCACCCAUCUCGCACUGCGACUCUCGUCCCUGUUCCUGAGCCUCGACCCGGAUGGCCAUCCGACAACCGUGAUGAGCUCGCUAAAUCGCUGUAUGCUCUCCUCUUUGCCCGGCUUAACGAGCACAUCAAACAACGUCUCUGCCGCGACGACUUCAACACCUUCAUUGGCCUGUCAGUGUUCGACCUCCCGGGACCACAGAACCUCACCAGCCGGCCGAAUUCCCUCGACCAGUUCUGCAUCAAUUUUGCCAACGAGCGACUGCAGAACCCGAUACAGAGGGAGUUGUUCGAGAGCCACGUCGCCGAGUACAAUAGCGAGGGGAUCUCGCGUUCCGCAGGCGCCCUACUUCGACAACUCGGAAUGCCUUCGUUUACUGCAGAACAAGCCAGGCGGUCUGAUUCACAUCAUGGAUGAUUAGGCACGUCGUCUACCGAAGAAGAGCAAUCACACGAUGGUCGAGGCGUUCACGAAGCGGUGGGGCAACCACUCGUCAGUCAAGGCAUGUUCCAUCGACCGCACCGGUUUCCCCACGUUCACCGUCAACCACUUCGCUGGCCCCGUUACCCAUUCCUCGGAGAGCUUUCUCGAGCGCAAUCUCGAGGCACUCAACCCCGACUUCGUCUCGCUCCUCCGAGGCACGAGUGCGGGCGAGGGACCCCCGGCGGACGGCUCCGGAUCGUCCAAUCCCUUCGUCCGCAGCCUGGAUCUCGCGACGACGACGAAGCGGGAGAUCAGGACGAAACUGGAGCAGCGCUUUUGGAUGGACCUGUCGGCGCGCAAGCGGGUGGUGAACGAGGCGAUUGACCGGGUGCUGCUUUCGCGCGCGGGCUGAGCAGUGAGUGGACUGGAUUUGCAUAGACAUGGACAGGAUUGACUGCAUAUUUCUCGGAAGUUGGCUUGUUCUUUUCUCCUUUUCGUGGUACGCUCGCGCAUCGGAUUGUUGCUCUCUCGCUCAUGCAGAACGGACCUCC